CCGGCAGAAAAAGGAAGAGGACGAGGUGAGGGAUUGAUUUGAGGAGGAAAAAGAAAAGUAAAGAAAAAUAGCUUCUUCCUCUUAUGUAUAAUUACUCGUGUCAAGUGAUUAUAUAGAUAAAUAUUUUAUAUCUCAUCUCGUGUCUUCCUUUUUAGGGUUUCAUUUCCAAAAGCCCUUUUAUUCUUUUACGAGAAUGCUUCUUUUAUUUUACAAUUUGAAUAAAAUUCAAUUAGCAUGGUGCCAAUUUUGAAUUGAAUUUAUUUGUGAGAAAUGGAGAACGGCCAUGGUGAGAAUUUACUUGAUAAGUUGUCGGGAUUAGCGCUCAAUGAUUCUAAUAACAAUAGUAGCAGUAACAACAACAAUGACAACUUAUAUCAGGUUAUGAAAGCCGUGGAAGCCGCCGAGGCUACCAUCAAACAACAGAUAGAAGAGAACACCCAAUUGAGGACUGAACUUUACAGGAAAAUUCAAGAACUUGAAAGAUAUAAAUUAGAGGGAUCAGUGGCUCAAAGAUCUCAUGGUGAUCCGUGGAAAGAGAAUCUACAUGGACAUAAUGAAUUUCACCAAUCAGUACCCCCAGGAAGUAGCGUAGAUGGAAUCAGAAGCAAUUCCAACACUUCUGUAGUUGACCCAUCGGGUCUACUGGUUCCGCACCACGAUCUGAAACCUAAUGUUGAUGGUGCUGCGUUGCUAAGCCAUUCACAAAGCAGUUCUAUUAGCCACAAGAACAAUGGAAUGCUAAAAGUUCAUUCUAGUAGACAAGUAAAUUCAGAUAUUGUGGGUCCCUCUCAGUUAUCUUCACCUUCUACAGCAUCCUUUUCUCCUACUAGGUACCAAAUAGACGGAGAAUACGAUCAACAAUAUAAUUUGCCUGGGCAGGGGCUGAUGCCAGCGGCUGAAGUAAAUAACCCUGGCAGUCAUUGGAAGCAGGAACUUUUUCUCAAGGUUCGGGAACAAGAAGAAGAGAUUUUGCGGUUACGGAGACAUCUUGCUGAAUAUACUAUCAAGGAAGCACAAAUACGCAAUGAAAAAUAUGUUUUGGAGAAGCGCAUUGCUUAUAUGCGUCUGGCCUUUGAUCAACAGCAGCAGGAACUUGUUGAUGCAGCAUCAAAAGCUCUUUCAUAUCGGCAAGACAUUAUCGAGGAAAAUAUACAUCUCACUUAUCAACUACAAGCUGCACAAGAAGAAAGAUCAACUUUCGUCCAGUCCUUGUUGCCUCUCCUUGUAGAUUAUUCUCUGCAGCCACCUGUGCUUGAUGCCCAAUCCAUUGUUAGCAAUGUCAAGGUUCUGUUUAAACAUCUACAGGAAAAGCUCCUUCUUACUGAGUCAAAGCUUAAGGAGUCACAGUAUCAACUAGCACCUUGGCGUACAGAUAUGAAUCAAUCCAAUGUUGCUCCACGGUCACCAACUCAUUCCACUGGUGCAGCAUUAAACAAAAAUGGACUUGAAUUGGUUCCACAGCCAGCAUAUUCCCAGGGAAUGGUACCAACUACUGCUGAUGCUCCAACACCUACAGACUGGGAUUUGAUGGGUCAGAAUCGGGGUGCUGUGGGUGGCAUCAUUGGAAAAAGUCUGGACGAUGUGAGGUAUUCACCUAUUGCAAGAAGGACCUCUUCUUCCCAAGAUAUACCUAUGACGUUUUCCAGUGCUCAGGCUGAUGCACAUGCACAUGUUGCACAGUAUGAAGAAACUGCCAAUAAACAAGUGAACUUUGUGGACCCUAUCAAUAGUAAUGAGUUGGAUAAUCAGUAUGCUGAGGAACGCCAGAGUGAGAGAGAUCAACCAUCCAAUUGGACUACAGGAAACUCUCCUUACACAACAACGGUUGAUCAUUACCUACCACCUGUUCUUGAAGAACCUUCUUCCUCUUUUUCUGAGCCAGCGGAAGAUGAUCCAUUGCCAGCUAUAGAGGCCCUCCAAAUUUCAGGCGAAGCUUUUCCUGGACGACAACUCCAGGCAUGUGGAUUCUCAAUUAAUGGAACUACCAGUUGUAAUUUUGAGUGGGUGCGCCAUUUGGAAGAUGGAUCUGUUAAUUACAUUGAGGGUGCAAAGCAGCCAAACUAUCUUGUUACUGCUGAUGAUGUUGAUACAUAUCUUGCCAUUGAAGUGCAGCCUCUUGAUGAGAGGAAGCGCAAGGGAGAGCUUGUGAAGGUCUUUGCUAAUGAACACAGUAAAAUCACAUGUGAUCCUGAGAUGCAGAACCACAUAGAGAAGACUCUUUAUAGUGGUCAUGUGUCAUAUCAAGUUUCCUUGUCGACUAGAUAUCUUGAUAUAUGGGAACCGGCUACUUUGACCAUUAAGAAGGAUGGUUAUACUAUCAAAUGUAGUGGACCCACUGGUAUAGUAAUCACCGAAAAAUUCUCAUCAAGCACAAAUGUGGCAAUUUCUAUGCAAAGUGCUGUGGAAUUUAUAAUAACUGAUUCUGGCAAUGAUGGGCAAUUCUUACGAGCAGAUAACAGCUCAACAGAUGUUAGUUGUUUCAGAGAUACAAUUGUGCUCACCUUGAGAUUGUUUAUCAGGAGGGCUGUUGAAAGGAGGAAAGGAAAGAAAAGGGGUUUGUUCUUUUACAAGUGAAGCACAUUAUUGUUAAGCUGCACCAAGCUAGGCCAGCCCAGCACAGCCCUAGGAAGAAGUUGGAUUGAGGAUGUGUUAUUAAAUAGAUGGGGGAAUUUCAUUAUGCUGCUAAAUUUUGCUGAGUGGCAUCUGUACCAUAAUUAGCAUUCAUUAUUGGCAGGAAUGUCAUGAGUUGUAAUUAUUGAGUAAACGCUGCAACUAACCUUCUAGUCCAAUCCACCUACUUUUAUAGUAA